ACUCUGUUGACAGCUCGUAGCUCGUAGCUCGUCGGAAGCGGCUGAACGUUUUCUGCCUUUUCUCUGAGCAGCGUCACUUUUUGCUUCUGUUUUUACCUGGAAACUAAGACUGUACUCAGCUCAGACCUCGGACAGAUGCCAGGAAUGGAGGAAUAUCAGAACGGAAGCGAGGGUUCAUUCAACUCAGAAGAGGCUGAUAACAUUGUCAAAGAGUGUAUCGAGGGCGUCGUAGGUGGUGACGAUUACAGCCAGAGUCAGGUGAACAAGUGGACGGCCAGCAUCGUGGAGCGCUGCCUCACACAGCUGGUCAAACAGGGGAAGCCUUUCAAGUACAUUGUGACAUGUGCUGUGAUGCAGAAAACAGGAGCAGGCCUCCACACAGCUAACUCCUGCUACUGGGACACUGCCAUGGAUGGAAGCUGCACAGUGAGAUGGGAGAACCGCACCAUGUACUGUGUGGUCAGUGUGUUUGCGGUGGCCAUUGCAUAGGACGCACACGUCACUGAAUGACCGCGGUCACCAGGAGAAGGUGCAGUGCGCGGUUGUGAGCAGCAGGGGGCGACCAAGUGCCACAGACUCCUCCUCUGUACAGCUGUGUCCAGCCUUCACAUGCAUGUAACAACCAUCUUAAUGUAUUUAUCUUCUCAUGCCGCUGCAGAGCUGCAGUGGCUUCACUUUAUUGUUUAUGUCGCAGCUGGAAACCAUCCAUUUAUACUUAUAUGUUCAUCACGUGUAUCGUGUUAAAGGCAGGAGGAAGAUGUUUUGUACUCGAAGCUGCAGGAUAAUAAACAAACUGAAGCAUU